ACAUUGCUACCAGGAAUGAAGCUUGGUUGGAACUUCAAAACUGGUUUGAACCGGCAUUUGACUUCUUGGAAAAGCACUGAUGAUCCGUCUUCAGGAGAAUAUACCUACAGUGUGGAUCCACAUGGCCUUCCUCAGCUUUUUCUUCACAAGGGGAACAAGAAGGUCUUCAGAAGUGGACCAUGGUAUGGACAACAAUUUAAAGGUGACCCAGUUCUCAGGGAAAAUCCAGUUUUCAAACCCAUAUUUGUUUUUGAUUUUGAUGAAGUGUCUUACUCUUAUGAGACUAAAGACAACAUCAUUUCAAGAUUUGUGCUUAGUCAAUCUGGUUUGAUUCAGCACUUCUCAUGGAAUGAUCAUCAUUCAAGUUGGUUCUCUGAAUUCACAAUUCAAGGUGAUCGUUGUGAUGAUUAUGGCCUUUGUGGUGCUUAUGGCACCUGUAACAUCAAAAGCUCCCCGGUUUGCAAGUGUUUGAACGGUUUUGAGCCUAGGCUUCAACAAGAAUGGAGAAUGCUUAAGUGGUCUGGUGGAUGUGUCAGCAAGAAUUCACAGGUUUGCAGAAAUGGAGAUGCAUUCAAACAGUUUACAGGAAUGAAACUACCAGAUGCUGCUGAGUUUCAUACAAACUAUAGCAUCAGCAUUGAUCACUGUGAGGCAGAAUGCUCCAAGAACUGCUCUUGUGUAGCUUAUGCUAAACUAGAUAUAAACGCAAGUGGCAAAGGCUGCAUUGCUUGGUUUGGUGAUCUAUUUGAUAUAAGAGAGGUUUCUGUGAAUGGUCAAGAUUUCUACGUGAGAGUUCCAGUCUCAGAACUAGAUUCAAAUGUUGACGGGAACAAAAGGAAGAAACUCAUACUGCUUCCUGUGACUGUAUCGGUAACCUCAACAAUUAUUGUCUCAGCAUUAUGGUUGAUAAUUAAGAAAUGGAGAAGAAAUGGAGCCAGAGAGACAGAUUUUCAAUUGAGUGCUGGCAGAGCUAGAAGUGAGAGGAAUGAAUUUGAACUCCCAUCAUUUGAGAUUGCCAUAAUUGAAGCCGCCACUGGGAAUUUCUCUAUUUACAAUAAGAUUGGAGAAGGUGGAUUUGGUCCUGUAUAUAAAGGUCAACUUCCAUCAGGAAGGGAAAUAGCAGUGAAAAGGCUCUCAGAGAGUUCCGGACAAGGCCUGCAGGAGUUCAAGAAUGAGGUUAUGUUAAUCUCCCAACUUCAGCAUCGAAAUCUUGUCAAGCUUCUGGGUUGUUGCAUUCAUGGAGAAGAUAAAAUGUUGGUCUAUGAAUACAUGCCAAACAGAAGCUUGGACUCCUUAUUAUUUGAUGAAACAAAGCGUUCUGUUCUCAGUUGGCAAAGGAGGCUGGACAUUAUUACUGGCAUUGCUAGGGGACUUGUCUACCUUCACAGAGAUUCAAGACUAAGAAUAAUCCAUAGAGACCUGAAAGCAAGCAAUGUUCUUUUAGAUAGUGAAAUGAACCCAAAAAUUUCAGACUUUGGAAUGGCAAGAAUGUUUGGUGGAGAUCAAACUGAAGCAAAGACCAAGAGAGUAGUUGGAACCUAUGGAUAUAUGCCCCCAGAGUAUGCAAUAGAUGGACACUUCUCUUUCAAAUCGGAUGUUUUUAGCUUUGGGGUGUUACUCUUGGAGCUGUUGAGCGGCAAGAAAAACAAAGGAUUUCUUCACCCGGAUCACAAACUGAAUCUCCUAGGCCAUGCAUGGAAGCUUUGUAAUGAAGGUAGGGACUUGGAGCUGAUGGAUCCGUUGCUCGAGAAUGAGUUCCCAACUUCAGGAGUUCAAAGGUGUAUUCAAGUGGGUCUUUUAUGCGUUCAACAGCUCCCAGAAGAGAGGCCAACAAUGCCAUCAGUGCUAUUGAUGUUGGAGAGUGAGAGUGUGUUGCUACCCAAACCUGGAAGACCAGGAUUAUAUUCUGAGAGAUGUUUCUCGGAGACAGAUUCAUCAUCACGUGGUAGACUAAAUUCAGGUUCUAAUGACUUGACUGUUACUUUAGUAGAGGGUCGUUAG